AUGGACAGUGUUGCUGUUGUACUUGAAGUCGCCGCGAAGUCGGGCAAUCUUAAAGGGACUUCUAUCAAAGCCCUUAAGGACGCGGCGACCUUAAUUACUAAAAUGUUGGGAGGCCUCUACGAGCGCAAUGUAAAUGAGGACACGAAGCUGUUGGAAAGCCGCUUUCAAAGUACGAUGACGGAACUCAAAUGCGCCAAAACAGAAAUAUCCCGAAUCUCUGCAGAUAACGCCAAACUGCGAGAGGAUGUAGGGGGCUUGCGGCUUGUUCAGGAUGAGCUCAAACGUGCUCGUACACCUGCUAGUCGGGAGCGUCGCCAGACCACCGUGGGUGAGAUGACCAUCGAAGAGCUCCAGCGGCUUAUCAUUGACCAGACAGGCACAAUGGUGAGCGCCCGCAUAGAAGGGCUUGCCCGUCGAUUACCGCCGGAGGAAAGUUUACGACCGCCUCUUGAGGCAGACAAAAGAAGAUUACAAGCAGUGGGCUCGGCAAAACCCGUUGCUGGGCCCUCAACUGACGCCCCUACUACAUCUAAGGGGCGCAAGUUAAAAAAGAAGGAGGCGAAGAAAGCGAAGGCCAACGCUCAACAGGCGACGCAACCUGCUCCACCCGCCACCUCUGCCGAGGAAGGUUGGGUGACCGUCACUAAGCGGGGAGCUAGAACUAAAGCUGCGGCAACGGGCGCCAGCCUCAUAGAGGUGGCGGGUGACGACAUCGAGGAACUGACCGAGAAAUUGCUUGUCCGCAUGAGGGAACUGAUAGACCCGGAGAUAGCCGAGGUGUCUCGGCCGAUGAAAACGGCUGCAUUCCGCAUAUCGGGAUUGGACGACGCUGUGGAGGCGCUGGAUAUACAUGAGGCUGUAUCCGAACAAGGAGGGUGUCAAACUGACACGGUGCUAGUGAGCGAGAUUCGACAAAGUCGACGCGGCAUGGGCACAGCAGUGGUUAGGUGUCCGAUUUCUGCCGCCAAAAAGCUGAUCGAGGGUGGCAGAAAACGAUUACUGGUGGGCUGGGUCUCGGUGGCUAUAAACAUCUUGCCGUCGAAACCGAUGCGGUGCUUUAGAUGUCACGAAUUGGGCCAUGUUGUGGCAAAAUACGAUCGGGUUGACCGGAGCGCCCUGUGCCUCCGAUGUGGAGGGCCUAAUCAUAAGGCUAGAGAGUGCACUGCUGCCUCACACUGCAUGGUGUGCGCGGCGGCUGGAGCAGCGUCGAACCAUAUGCUGGGGGGUAAGUCAUGCAAACCCCCACAAAGGGCAAAACGCAGGGAGAAAACCUCCGGGCCAGCUUCGACUACCGUUCCGGAGUCGGAGGCCAUGGAGACUGCCAAGAUAUGA